AUGCCGCCGCGGCGCAGCAUCGUGGAGGUGAAGGUGCUGGACGUGCAGAAGCGGCGGGUGCCCAACAAGCAUUAUGUCUACAUCAUCCGUGUCACGUGGUCCAGCGGCUCCACAGAGGCCAUUUAUCGGCGCUACAGCAAAUUCUUUGAUCUCCAGAUGCAGAUGUUGGACAAAUUUCCCAUGGAAGGAGGACAGAAGGACCCCAAACAGAGGAUCAUUCCCUUUCUUCCAGGCAAAAUUCUCUUCCGACGGAGCCACAUUCGGGACGUGGCCGUCAAACGCCUGAUACCAAUCGAUGAAUACUGUAAGGCCCUGAUCCAGUUGCCCCCCUACAUUUCUCAGUGUGAUGAGGUGCUGCAGUUCUUUGAAACAAGACCUGAGGACCUGAAUCCCCCCAAAGAGGAACAUGUUGGGAAAAAGAAAUCUGGGGGCGACCUGACCUCGGUGGACCCCAUGGUCCUGGAGCAGUAUGUAGUGGUGGCAGACUAUCAGAAGCAGGAGAGCUCGGAGAUCAGCCUCAGCGUGGGGCAAGUGGUAGACAUCAUCGAGAAGAACGAGUCAGGUUGGUGGUUCGUCAGCACCACUGAAGAGCAAGGCUGGGUCCCCGCAACCUGCCUCGAAGGACAGGAUGGUCCUGAAGAAGAGGAGAAGUACACAGUCAUAUACCCAUACACAGCUCGUGACCAAGAUGAAAUGAACCUGGAGAGAGGAGCUGUGGUGGAGGUCAUCCAGAAAAACCUGGAAGGCUGGUGGAAGAUCAGGUACCAGGGCAAAGAGGGCUGGGCCCCAGCCUCCUACCUAAAGAAGAGCAGCGGGGAGCCUGUACCCCCAAAGUUGGGCCCCGGCUCACCCGCCCACGCGGGCGUCCUCGAGCUGGACGGCGUCUCCCGGCAGCAGAACUUGGUGGGCCGGGAGAAGGAGCUGCUCAACAACCAGAGGGAUGGCCGGUUUGAAGGCCGCCCGGCACCCGACAGUGACGUCAAGCAGAGAUCACCCAGGAUGAGACAGAGACCCCCUCCUCGCCGGGAUAUGACCAUACCUCGAGGUCUGCCCAAGCCUCCCAUCCCACCCCAAGUGGAGGAAGAAUAUUACACCAUUGCUGAAUUCCAGACCACCAUCCCUGAUGGCAUCAGCUUCCAGGCGGGCCUGAAGGUCGAGGUGAUCGAGAAGAACUUGAGCGGCUGGUGGUACAUUCAGAUUGAAGAUAAGGAAGGGUGGGCCCCAGCGACUUUCAUCGAUAAGUAUAAGAAAACCAGCAAUGCCUCAAGACCCAACUUUCUGGCUCCCUUGCCCAAUGAGGUGACGCAGCUCCGGUUGGGAGAUGCAGCAGCAAUGGAGAACUGCACGGGCAGUGAAGCCAUCGGCCCGUCCCGGCCCCUACCCGACGCACCACAUGGGGCUGUGGACUCCGCCAUGCCAUGGUCCAAAGACUGGAAGGGUGGUAAGGAGGUCCCAAGGAAGGCAUCUUCAGACACGUCCUCGUGUGCAGGCUACGAGGAGAUCUCGGACCCUGACCUGGAGGAGAAGCCCAGCCUCCCUCCCCGGAAAGAAUCCAUCAUCAAGUCGGAAGGGGAGCUGCAGGAGCGACAGAGGAUGGAGCAGCUCCGAGGUUCUUCACCCAAGCCUCCUGGCAUGAUCUUGCCAAUGAUCCCAACCAAACACACGCCUCCAGCCCGGGACAGCAGGAGACCAGAGCCCAAACCUGACAAAAGCAAGUUGUUCCAGCUGAAAAAUGAGAUGGGGCUGGAGUGCGGCCAUAAAGUAUUGGCCAAGGAAGUGAAGAAGCCCAACCUCCGACCUGUCUCCAAAUCCAAAGCUGACCCACCGGAGGAGAAGCCGGAAGUUGUUCCCCAGAAUCCCUUCUUAAAGUCCAAACCUCAGGUUAGGCCAAAACCAGCUCCUUCCCCCAGGACAGAGCCACCUCAGGGCGAAGACCAAGUGGACAUCUGUAACCUCAGGAGCAAGCUCAGGCCUGCCAAGUCCCAAGAGAAACCCUCGUUGGACGGAGAGAGCAGCCCCCAGGCUGGGGGAGGCCAGGACGUGGCCAUCAGCCGUGGCUUCCUCCCAGGGGAGGGGCCUGGCCGUGCCCAGGACAGGACGAGCAAACAGGAUGGGCUCAGCCCAAAGGAGACGUCCUGCAGAGCCCCUCCAAGGCCGGCCAAGACCGCAGAUCCUGUGCCUAAGAAUGUGCCAGUCCCUCUCCAAGAGGCUUCCCAGCAGAGACCUGUGGUCCCUCCUCGGAGACCACCACCCCCCAAGAAAACCUCCUCGUCGUCCAGGCCCCUUCCAGAGGUCAGAGGGCCCCUUCCAGAGGUCAGAGGGCCGCAGCGGGAGCCCACUGAAGGCAAGGCAGCUCCUGUCCCAGGCCGGGCCCUGCUUGUCCCCCCAAAAGCCAAACCUUUUCUCUCCAACUCCUCAGGGGGGCAGGAUGACACGCGAGGCAAAGGUGGGCUGGGGCCACGGAUGAUGGGCAAGAUGGGAGAAAACAAGGAGAAAGUGGCUGCAGCCCCCUUCCCCAAUGCAGCCGGCCCCAAGGACUUGUAUGUGGCCGUGGCCAACUUUGAAGGAGACGAAGGUACCAGCAGCUUCCAGGAGGGGACGGUGUUCGAGGUCCGGGAAAAGAACAGCAGCGGCUGGUGGUUCUGCCAGGUGCAAAGCGGGGCCCCCUCCUGGGAAGGGUGGAUUCCUUCCAACUAUCUCAGAAAGAAGCCCUAG